CUAGGGUAUAAAAUACCAACUAGGGUUUUUGCACGAUACCGGAAUAGGCAGUCAGUCGCCGCAAGAGGAGCUCAGAGUGAAGGAGGAGAAGGAUGUCUCACAGGAAGUUCGAGCACCCCAGGCAUGGAUCCCUUGGAUUUCUCCCGAGGAAGCGUGCUGCUCGCCACAGGGGAAAAGUGAAGGCUUUCCCAAAGGAUGACCCAACCAAGCCUUGCAAGCUUACUGCUUUUCUUGGUUACAAGGCUGGGAUGACCCAUAUUGUUAGGGAGGUUGAAAAACCUGGUUCAAAGCUUCACAAGAAGGAAACAUGUGAGGCUGUGACCAUUAUUGAGACUCCUCCGAUGGUCAUUGUUGGGGUGGUUGGUUAUGUGAAGACACCUCGCGGUCUCCGUUCUCUGAACACUGUAUGGGCUCAGCAUCUGAGCGAGGAGGUGAAAAGGAGAUUCUACAAGAACUGGUGCAAGUCCAAGAAGAAGGCUUUUACAAAAUAUUCCAAGAAGUACGAGACUGAUGAAGGGAAGAAAGAUAUCCAAUCACAGCUUGAGAAAAUGAAAAAAUAUGCAUCUGUUAUACGGGUUUUGGCUCACACCCAGAUAAGGAAAAUGAAGGGACUGAAGCAGAAAAAGGCACACCUGAUGGAGAUUCAGGUCAACGGUGGGACUGUUGCUCAGAAAGUGGAUUACGCUUAUAACUUCUUUGAGAAGCAAGUUCCCGUGGAUGCUGUUUUCCAGAAGGAUGAGAUGAUUGACAUCAUAGGUGUGACAAAGGGUAAAGGUUAUGAAGGUGUUGUCACUCGUUGGGGUGUCACCCGCCUUCCACGUAAGACUCACAGGGGUCUGCGCAAAGUGGCUUGUAUUGGAGCAUGGCAUCCUGCCAGAGUGUCAUUCACUGUUGCCAGAGCUGGUCAGAACGGAUAUCAUCACAGAACUGAAAUGAACAAGAAGAUCUACAAGCUUGGAAAGUCUGGACAGGAGUCCCACUCUGCCAUCACUGAGUUUGACAGAACUGAGAAAGAUAUAACUCCUAUGGGUGGCUUUCCUCACUAUGGUGUGGUAAAGGAUGACUAUUUGAUGAUCAAAGGAUGCUGCGUCGGCCCGAAAAAGAGGGUUGUCACGCUUCGUGGAACUCUGGUUGGACAGACCUCUCGAGUGGCCCUCGAGGAUAUUAAGAUUAAGUUCAUCGACACAUCCUCAAAGUUCGGACAUGGACGUUUCCAGAAUGAAGAAGAGAAACAGAAGUUCUAUGGACGCAUGAAGGCGUAAACAACACAAAUCUUCUGCGGGACUACUGCAAGUUACCCUUUUUAUGUUUGUUUUAUUUAUCGGAAGUGCUGAGGACUUAAACAGCUUAAACCGGAAGUUUUGUUUUGUCAAGAGAUCUUUGGGCACAUUAUUUGGUUUUGUUUUAAUUUUAAUUUUGGAUUUUGUUAGUCCAGUUCUGUGUUUUCAGGUUUUUGGUGUGAUUUGCCAGUAUGUUAUUCAUGCUACUCGUAGUUUGUCUCCAAA